GCUCUGGUCCCUGCGGCUGGCGGCCGAGCCGUGUGUCUCCUCCUCCGCCGCCGCCAUAUUGUCUGUGUGAGGAAAGGGGAGAGCGGCCACCGCCGCUGCCGCUUCCACCACAGUUUAAAGAAAAGAGGUCUGAAACAAGGUCUUCCCCCCAGCUGCUUCUGAACACAGUGACCACCAGAUCUCCAAACAUCAAGUCCACCUUCGUUCGCCAACCUGUCUGACAUGUCGGGACCCGUGCCAAGCAGGGCCAGAGUUUACACAGAUGUUAAUACACACAGACCCCGAGAGUACUGGGAUUAUGAGUCACACAUGGUGGAGUGGGGUAAUCAAGAUGACUACCAGCUGGUUCGAAAAUUAGGCCGGGGUAAAUACAGUGAAGUGUUUGAAGCUAUCAACAUCACAAAUAAUGAAAAAGUUGUUGUUAAAAUUCUCAAGCCAGUAAAGAAGAAGAAAAUCAAGCGUGAGAUAAAGAUUUUGGAGAAUUUACGAGGCCGUCCCAAUAUCAUCACACUGGCAGACAUUGUAAAAGACCCUGUGUCACGAACCCCUGCCUUGGUUUUUGAACACGUAAACAACACAGACUUCAAGCAAUUGUACCAGACGUUAACAGACUAUGAUAUUCGAUUUUACAUGUAUGAGAUUCUGAAGGCCCUGGAUUAUUGUCACAACAUGGGAAUUAUGCACAGAGAUGUGAAGCCCCAUAAUGUUAUGAUUGAUCAUGAGCACAGAAAGCUACGACUAAUAGACUGGAGUUUGGCUGAGUUUUACCAUCCUGGCCAAGAAUAUAAUGUCAGAGUUGCUUCCCGAUACUUCAAAGGUCCUGAGCUACUUGUAGACUAUCAGAUGUACGAUUAUUGUUUGGAUAUGUGGAGCUUGGGUUGUAUGCUGGCAAGUAUGAUCUUCCGGAAGGAGCCAUUUUUCCAUGGACAUGAUAAUUAUGAUCAGUUGGUGAGGAUAGCCAAGGUUCUGGGGACAGAAGAUUUAUAUGACUAUAUUGACAAAUACAACAUUGAAUUAGAUCCACGUUUCAAUGAUAUCUUGGGCAGACACUCCCGUAAGCGAUGGGAACGCUUUGUCCACAGUGAAAACCAGCACCUUGUCAGUCCUGAGGCCUUGGAUUUCUUGGACAAGCUGCUGCGAUAUGACCACCAGUCACGGCUUACCGCAAGAGAGGCCAUGGAGCACCCCUAUUUCUAUACUGUUGUGAAGGACCAGGCUCGAAUGGGCUCAUCUAGCAUGCCGGGGGGCAGUACGCCUGUCAGCAGCGCCAAUAUGAUGUCAGGGAUUUCUUCAGUGCCAACCCCUUCACCCCUUGGACCUCUGGCAGGCUCACCAGUGAUUGCUGCGACCAACCCCCUUAGGAUGCCUGUUCCAGCUGCCGCAGGCGCUCAACAGUAAUGGCCCCUUCUGUCUCCUGAUGCCUGAGCAGAGGUGGGGGAGUCCGCGCUCUCCUUGAUGCAGCUUGCGCCUGGCGGGGAGGGGUGAAAUACUUCAGAAGCACCGUGUCUGAACCGUUGCUUGUGGAUUUAUAGUAGUUCAGUCAUAAAAAAAAAU